AAAUGUUGGCAGAAAGUGUUAAGUGGCUUGCAUUUGCUGCAGGUGUUUUGCAAUUAAGUCUACUGAAUAAAUUCAUUUCGGAAAGUAUUUUUGUAGAAGUGACCGGUUGCUAGCAAGAACUUAAGUAUCUAGCUAAUUUAAUGCUUUACUGCUAAAUAAAAACCGCGACCCGUUUUAAAGACGUUCUUUUAUUCUUUUCAAUUGCAACUGUUAUAACCCAUAUAACAACUGCAGGGUGAACUGGCCUGCAACAGGGAGCAUACGAGCGAUAACAGCAGAUGAGAGAGGGAGAGAAAGGCUGUGAUAUGCUGGUUCCUGUAGAGUAUAAGGGAGUGAGUAAAUGGGUCAGGGUGCCAAAGACAGAAGAUGUCUACAGUUACCAAGAAUUUGUAGAAGGAGUGCUGGUGAAAUUCAAUUUGCCAGAUUUUACAUCUUUGAUGCUGAAGGAUUCUGCAGGAGUGGAAGUGGAUGAGGACAUAUUUGAUGAACUUUUGAAGUCAUCGGGGGUGUCUUUUAAAGCCUUCACUGAAGGAUGUCAUGAUGACAGUGUUGAGGAUUCUUCUUCAGAGGCCUCAUUCUCAGAGUGGUCCCCAUCACGUGCAUCUGGGGCGUCAUCAUCAUCGGGUUCAGAUGUAACAAUAAUAUUGGAAUCCACCAAAGCACGCAAAAGACAGCUGAUUGAAGGGCCCCCUGACAGCAUUAUAGCAAAAGAUACUGUUAUGGUAGCCCUGCAUUCAAAGCCAGGUGGUAAUCAAAUAUUCAAAGAAUAUGAGAAAACAAACCGUCUUUCUGAUGGUACAAGAAGAAAGAUGGUGAACAUACUUGUGGCUGACAUGGUAGAGACUCAUGGGAGGAUCCCCCCAGUAAAUGUCCGCAUAACAUAUGCACUUGGCAUUACAACGUUGUUCCCCAACUUGAAGGACCCAGAUUCAAAGAAUGGUUAUGAACAUUUUUAUGACCACCAGAGUGGGUCUGGCUACCUAGCAUGGAGGUUGAAAACCGUCCAGCGCAACUCUACUGGAGAGAUAAAGAAAUCCAAGUCAUGUUUUCAACAAGGUCCCAAGACUCCUCGCAACAUGUGUUCAGUUGUGAAGCAGUUGUCUGGUGAUGAAUGCAAGGAGGCUAUGUCAGUGAUGAGGCACUCAGCUGACAAAAAGCUUGUUAAAGAAAAAAUGAUGGCAACAUUUCAGCACAGACAAAAGGUGGUUCAAGAUCCAGCUACAACCUCCACUGUCCUGGACCAUUUCCCAAGAUUUCUAGAUACCCCUGGCUUGAUUGAUCAAGAUUUCACAAUGCUCUUUGGUGAAGAAGUGUCGGGUAAAUUCCUGGCAAGAUGGCCAACAUUCUUCAAACCGAGGAUCAUUUCAGAUUGCAAAAAUCUUCCUGAAAGUGCUCAUGUCAGCGAGCUCCUUUUGUCUGCACAACAAGAGUCUGAAGAUUGUGUCUGGGACUCUGAGGUGGCUGCCAUCCUUUUGCUUCUUCAUCUGUUACCUCCAACAUCCAAGGGUAGGAAAGCUUCAAAGAUUAGCACAUCUGAUGCUGCUGACCGGCUGGUGAAGUUCAUUAAGGUGGGGCGAAGCAUGGAUGCCUUCCUCAAAGAAACUGGGCCUGUUCAACCACUUCUUCUGUGUGUCGGAGAAAGAAAGAACAGCAUUCAAAAUUUCUACAUUGUCCUGGACCAAAAAGUCAUUCCCUGUUCAACGCAGACCGGAGUUGCUGCCUUUGAUGAGCUGUUCAAGGCACAUUUUGCUUUUGCUGUGUCCUAUGACGAGGCAUUGAACAACUUCUACACAUUCAUCCAGACCACUGUGUACGGCAUCGAUGUUGGUGUUAUGAAGGAGAGUCCUCGAGUCAAAGAAAUCAGAGCAAGACUUCUUCAUACUGCAGUUUGAAGAACACAUCUUUGCCUGGAAAUAUGUUCAUGUGUUACAUUUGCAAGGUACACCACACAAGUUGUUCAUUGUUAUUUAGACAUUUGAAGUUUCAGCAUGGUCUGUACCCAGGAAAGUCUUUGCGUUUGAAUUGUGGAGAGCCUGGAUGUUCCUUUGUGUUUUUGACAUAUUCUGGUUACAAGCGGCAUUUAUCUCGAGCACAUGGAAAUGGUGUUGAUUCAGGUGUUGUCAACAGUUUUGAGCCUGUUGCUAAUGUUGGAGCCUCAGUAUCCCAGCCAGUAAAUGCUGAUACUUCUGUGACUGUCACAACUCACAUUCCAAUUGAAAAAAGGCAAAUACAAGACAUGUGCAGCUCUAUUGUUGCUCAAGUACAAGCCUCAGGAGUUCCAGAGAGUACUGUCCAAUCUUUAGUUGGCUCAAUGGAGGAACUGGUCAAUGACAUCCAUGCACAUGCAAAAGAAGCUGUUGUUGAAUGUUUGUCAUCUGAUGCAUCCAGAGAAACAUUAGAAAAAGUCCAAGAUUGUUUU